AUGACAAUCCACACUGGAGUAAAACCACACACAUGUGAUCAGUGUGGGAUGAGUUUCAGACAAAAAUGGUCUCUAAGUGAACACAUGAGGAUCCACACUGGAGUGAAGCCGUUUGCAUGUGAUCAGUGUGGAAAGAGUUUCAGAAACUCAUCCAGUUUGAAAGUACACCUGCGUCUUCAUUCUGGAGAAAGACCAUUUACCUGUGAUAAGUGUGGAAAAACUUUUAUACAGUCAGAUGCACUGAAUACCCACCAGAAAGUUCAUACAAAGGAGAAGCCUUACAUGUGUACUUUGUGUGGAAAGAGUUUUAGUCAGUCGAGUUCUUUAAAAUUACAUCAGAAAAGACACAACAGUGUGAAGGAGCAUAUGUGUUUUGAUUGUGGGAAGACUUUUACUACAGAUGCUGAACUGAAACUGCACCAGAGAGUGCACAGUGAGGAAAAACCUUUAAAGUGUUCUCACUGUGACAAGAGAUUCAGAUGGCCACAAUAUCUAAAAAAACACGAGAGGAUCCACACUGGAGAGAAACUGUAUUCACUGCAUUCCAUGUGGGAAGAGUUUCACUCUGUCAUCUACUUUACUCAGUCAUACAAAAAAAAACAAAUGUCUGAAAUCAUGAACUGA